GACAGCAUUGCAGCUAUGAGUGGAAUUCUAAAGAGGAAGUUUGAAGAAGUUGAUGGCUCCUCACCUUGUUCCUCUGUGCGGGAAUCAGAUGAUGACAUAUCAAGCAGUGAAAGUGCUGACAGUGGUGAUAGUGUCAAUCCAUCCACUUCUAAUCAUUUUACCCCAUCUUCAAUCCUGAAGAGAGAGAAGCGGAAGAGAACAAAAAAUGUCCAUUUUAACUGUGUUACUGUGUACUACUUCACAAGAAGGCAAGGCUUCACCAGUGUUCCCAGCCAAGGGGGAAGCACAUUGGGAAUGUCCACUCGCCACAACAGUGUGCGCCAAUACACGCUUGGAGAGUUUGCAAUGGAGCAGGAGAGGCUUCACCGAGAAAUGUUAAGAGAGCAUCUAAGGGAGGAAAAACUCAAUUCUCUAAAAUUAAAGAUGACAAAAAAUGGUACAGUGGAAUCUGAAGAAGCUAAUACCCUGACACUGGAUGACAUUUCUGAUGAUGAUAUUGAUCUAGACAACACUGAAGUAGAUGAAUACUUCUUUCUACAACCCCUGCCAACAAAAAAACGAAGGGCACUGCUACGAGCUUCUGGGGUGAAGAAGAUUGAUGUGGAAGAGAAACACGAGCUGCGGGCCAUCCGCCUGUCCAGAGAGGAUUGUGGCUGUGACUGCCGUGUAUUCUGUGAUCCAGAAACUUGUACUUGCAGUCUUGCAGGCAUAAAAUGUCAGGUGGAUCGUAUGUCUUUUCCUUGUGGUUGCACUAAAGAAGGGUGUAGCAAUACAGCAGGUAGAAUUGAAUUUAAUCCUAUCCGUGUACGGACUCACUUUUUGCACACAAUAAUGAAACUUGAACUGGAGAAAAAUAGAGAGCAGCAAGUUCCUGCACUAAAUGGCUGCCACAGUGAGGUAAGCGCACACACUAGUUCUAUGAGUCCGGGACCUCAUCCAGCCGAAUAUUCAAUUGCAGAGAAUUUUGAGAUUGAACCUGAACCACAGGCUGCAGUUAUACAUUCUCAGACAGCAGAUGACUUGGACUGCCCAGGGGAAGACGAGGAAGAGGAAGAUGGGAGUAGCUUUUGUAGUGGAGUUACAGAUUCUAGCACACAAAGUUUAGCCCCUAGUGAAUCAGAUGAUGAUGAAGAGGAGGAGGAAGAGGAAGAGGAGGAAGAAAAAACAGAUGAUUUUGUGGAAAGUAUGGGCUCCCAUGCUGACAUGGUGCCUCUUCCAUCUGUCCUUUGCUACUCUGAUGGCACUGCUGUGCAUGAAAACCACUCUAAAAAUGCCUCAUACUAUACUAACUCUUCAAAUCUUUAUUACCAAAUAGAGAACCAUGUUGCUGGCACUACUAACCAGAUUGGUGAAACUUACUCAGAAAGAGAUGCUGUAAAGAAUGGUAGUCUUUCUCUGGUGCCUUACAACAUGACUUCAGAACAGUUUGUUGACUACACGCGGCAAUCAGAGGAAACUUUUAGCAGCCAUCAUUACCCUUCUGCAAAUCCAUCAGUGAUCGUUUGCUGCUCAUCAUCUGAAGGUGAUAACAGCACUCCCUGUAACAGUUUAUAUACUGAACAUAGGCCAGGCCACCCUCAAGUGGAAUUUCACUCAUACUUGAAAGGUCCCUCUCAAGAUGGAUUUGUUUCGGCUUUGAAUGGUGACAGUCAUUUACAAGAUCACCCUGCUGAGAAUUCGCUAAACCUUCCAGAAAAGAGCAGACUGCACGAAGAGUGCAUCAAAUCACCAGUGGUAGAAACGGUACCUGUUUAAUAUUAAAAUUAUUCUAGGAUUGAAUUCCUUUAUGAAAUGCACUCAGAUUGGAUUUCCUAGAAUCUUACUUUU